CCCCGGACAGAAUAACCCACAAGACUAAAUGUCCGUGUCAUUGACAAAACCAUUACCUCCGGAUAUUCUGGCAUUACCAUCUUAUUUACUCCACGGCUGUUGAGCAUUCAACCACAUCCCCGCAUCGGUUUCGGUUUCAGCGAAUAAGACACCCCAGAAACCAAUUUGUCCAUAACCAAAACAAGAAUCAGACUCAUCCUCUCGGAAAUGGUGCGCCUUAAGGAACGUAUUUCCGCCUCUUGGGGGAAAAUUCAAGCAAAGGUGCGUACCAGCAGCAAAGACACUAUCGAGGCCAUGACGCUCCCGUUGAGGAGAUACCCAACGAAGCGGCUAUCCACAUCCUUUUAUACGAAGAACAUCAUGGUCGUCACCUCGACAACUGUCGACUACGAUGAGGCUCCCAACUACGAUGAGGCUCCCAAGGAACCCAGGAGCCCCGAAUGCGUCGUCUGCAUGGAAGAAUCUCCCGCGGACCAGCUAAUUUACUUUUGCCCUCCCUCUCCUUCCGAGGAAGCAUCGGACUCGAACCCCUCCAACGCCGGCCACGGUUACUGCGACGGUUGCCUCGUUCAGGGUAUCCGCACUGCGACCAAGGAUCGUUAUCCAUUCCGAUGCUGCGGCAAGAUAUUCGACACAAAAGACUACACAGGUGCCACCUUGUCCUCCGAGGAAAAGCAGGCGUACGAGGACAUGAUCGAGGAGAUCAAGACACCAAACCCGCUUUACUGCUCUAACCCCCGGUGCAGCAGUUUUAUAAAACCUGCCCUGAUCAAGAGCGAUCUCGGCCACUGCCCCAAGUGCUCCGCCAGCACCUGCAAACACUGCCGCCAGCCUUACCACCCGAGAUUAGUUUGUAAGCAAGACCAAGAUACACUCAAGGUGCUCGCCCUGGGCAAGGAGCAAGGGUGGAAACUCUGCCCAGUGUGUGGGUACAUGGUCGAGCUGGUUAAGGGCUGCCACAUAAUCAGGUGUAAAUGUGCCUGGUCAUUUUGCUACAGGUGUGGCGCCUCCAACCAGUCAAGCUCGGACGACAGGCGCCACACCUGGCACACAGGCUGUUGGAGGCCAUCCGAUUAUGCCUUAGCCGUUGACAACAGACCUCCGGAAGAGGAGCAGCUGCGGCGUCGUCGCCAUAGACUCGACAUUCUAGGAAGAAUCCACGAUGGGUGGCGGAAUCUGGCGCGAGUGUGGGAGCUGGAGUUGGAGCGGGAGAGGUUACGCCAGCGGGAGCGGGCAAGGGAGCUGGAGAUUGCGAGAAAGCUGGAGAGGCUCGUACAUGCUGAGCUGAAUCCCCAUCAGCCCGCGGCUAAAAACAACAGCAACAACAAUAACCACAACCAACAAGCUAGAGCUAUGCCUCAGCAAAACGCCCAGCCUCACCAGCAACCUCGCCAAGAGCCUCGCAACCCUCCUCACAACCGCGAGCGUGGCAAUCUCUGGCGGCGAAUGAUGGUUUCUCCCACCAGGCCGGUUUCCCAGCAGCCCCAGCCGAAUCCUAGGCCGAACCAUACACCCGAGCCCCGAGGCCAAAAGCGGCGGCGAAGUUUGUAGGACUGCAUUCGUCCCUCCCCCGCACUCUCACUCACAUGCUCAGAUUCUUGGUUUGUGUUUGGUCUGCAGUGGUCUGCAACUAUGCACCAAGACCAGAGAACCGGUUUUGGGCUUUCCGGUUUAGGGCUUGCAGCGGGCAUGCGGGAGCAUUAUCAGUGCAUCACGGACGACAUUAUCUUGUUACAGCGUUGCAUAUCACUCAGCGCAUGCGUCUGCAUCAGCGCCGGAGU